CGCCAAGGGCGGGGCUGCACUCGGAGGAGGCGAGACUGGACCGGCCCGGCGGGGCCGAGUGGCCCGAGGGCGGGGCCCGAGGAGGGCCCCCGCUCUCCCCAGGCGGCUGCGCCGCGCGGCGCGCCGUGGCAUCUCAACUCCGGCUGGCUCGAAGGUGAUCUGCGGGAGCCCCCCCUUCACUCCCACUUUUGCGGGGCCGUCACUGCCACUCCCAAAGACCAGGUUCAGAUGGGCUUGGUGGAGUGGCCCCACUGCCCGCUCCUUCCUUAGCUGGGAACUGAUGCCCGGGGGCCCUCAGGAGAAGAGCCAGGCCUACCCCCGCUGCCGCCCUGGUAGCCACGCGGGCCAGAAGAGCCCCGAGGACGCUGCAGCUGCUGCCAUGUACACUUUCCUGCCCGACAAUUUCUCGCCUGCCAAGCCCAAGCCCUCCAAAGAGCUGAAGCCGCUGCUGUGCUCCGUGGUGUUGGGGCUGCUGCUGGUGUUGGCCGCAGUCGUGGCCUGGUGCUACUACAGUGCCUCUCUACGCAAAGCAGAACGCUUGCGGGCCGAGCUGCUGGACCUCAACCGGGGCGGCUUCUCCAUCCGCAACCAGAAGGGCGAGCAGGUCUUCCGCCUGGCCUUCCGCUCGGGAGAGCUAGAUCUCGACUCCUGCAACCGCGACGGCGCCCUCCUUGGUUGCUCACGCACGGCCCAAGGGCGCCCACUGCACUUCUUCAUCCAGACUGUGCGACCCAAGGACACGGUCAUGUGUUACCGCGUGCGCUGGGAGGAAGCAGCACCUGGGCGCGAGGUGGAGCAUGCCAUGUUCCUGGGCGAUUUGACGGCGCACUGGUACGGCGGUGCUGAGAUGAAGACGCAGCACUGGCCCAUCCGCUUGGACGGCCAGCAGGAGCCACAACCCUUUGUCACCAGCGAUGUCUACUCCUCCAGCGCCGCCUUUGGGGGCAUCCUUGAGCGCUACUGGCUGUCAUCGCGUGCAGCCGCCAUCAAGGUCAACGACUCGGUGCCCUUCCACCUGGGCUGGAACAGCACAGAACGCUCGCUGAGGCUGCAGGCGCGCUACCACAACACACCCUACAAGCCGCCCACUGGGGGCACCGCAGCGCCUGAGCUCAGCUACCGGGUGUGUGUGGGCUCGGACGUCACCUCCAUCCACAAGUACAUGGUGCGGCGUUACUUCAACAAGCCGUCGAGGGUGCCGGCACCCGAGGCCUUCCGGGACCCCAUUUGGUCCACGUGGGCUCUGUACGGGCGCGCUGUGAACCAGACCAAGGUGCUGCAUUUCGCCCAGCAGAUCCGCCAGCACCGAUUCAACAGCAGCCACCUGGAAAUCGACGACAUGUACACUCCCGCCUAUGGCGACUUCGACUUCGACGAGGCCAAGUUCCCCAACGCCAGCGACAUGUUUUGCAACCUGCACGAUGCCGGCUUCCGCGUCACGCUCUGGGUGCACCCGUUCAUCAACUACAACUCGUCGCGCUUCGGCGAGGGCGUGGAGCGCGAACUGUUCGUGCGCGAGCCCACUGGCCGGCUGCCAGCGCUAGUGCGCUGGUGGAACGGCAUCGGCGCCGUGCUUGACUUCACGCGCCCGGAGGCCCGCGACUGGUUCCAGGGGCACCUGCGGCGGCUGCGCUCACGCUACUCUGUGUCCUCCUUCAAGUUCGAUGCAGGCGAGGUCAGCUACCUGCCGCAGGACUUCAGCACAUUCAGGCCGCUGCCCGACCCCAGUGUGUGGAGCCGGCGCUACACCGAGAUGGCACUGCCCUUCUUUUCGCUGGCCCAGGUCCGCGUGGGCUACCAAUCACAGAACAUCUCGUGUUUCUUCCGCCUGGUGGACCGCGACUCGGUGUGGGGUUACGACCUGGGGCUGCGCUCGCUCAUCCCCGCGGUGCUCACCGUCAGCAUGUUGGGCUACCCAUUCAUCCUGCCAGACAUGGUGGGCGGCAACGCGGUGCCCGGGCGGAUGGCGGGCAGCGGCGAUGAGCCGGAGCGCGAGCUCUACGUGCGCUGGCUGGAGGUGGCCGCCUUCAUGCCCGCCAUGCAGUUCUCCAUCCCGCCCUGGCGCUAUGACGCCGAAGUGGUUGCGAUCGCGCACAAGUUCACCGCGCUGCGGGCCUCGCUCGUGGCGCCGCUAUUGCUUGAGCUGGCGGGUGAAGUCACCGACACCGGCGACCCCAUCGUGCGCCCUCUCUGGUGGAUUGCGCCUGAUGACGAAACGGCUCACCGCACUGACUCGCAGUUCCUUAUCGGGGACACGCUACUUGUGGCGCCCGUGCUGGAGCCGGGGAAGCAGGAGCGCGACGUCUACCUUCCCGCCGGCAAGUGGCGCAGUUACAAGGGCGAGCUUUUCGACAAAACGCCAGUGCUGCUUACCGACUACCCCGUUGACCUGGACGAGGUCGCCUACUUCAUCUGGGCGUCCUGACCGGCCCAGGCCACUGGGCCACGGGAACCCCACAGUUCUAACCCCGAGCCUUCUUCCAGGCCCUUAACCUUCCAUCACAGCAGCUUGGUGUACCCCCAGGAACCCUGUGUCCCCCACUAAGUGGGUGUUGACAGUAAAUGUGCUCAAGCAGGGGCCUGGGAGAGGGGGCGCCAACCUCCCACUCCAAAGUACAAUCUUAACCCCACUCCCCCUUCCCUUCCACACUUAACUCCAGUCUGCAGAAACCUCCUCCCUGGGGUGGGAAUGAGAGAGUUCCGAAGAAAAGGGUCAGCCGUCUUCCUGUUCCACACUUUUUAAAGCACAAAGAGAAACCUGUCCCUCCAUUCUGGCCUGAGUGCCCAUCUUUGUCCUCUUGAGGUGGGGGCUUGAUUUUCUUUAAGAUCCCCAAAUAACUUUUUGCCACAAUUAGAAAGGGCACAUUCUUAAUGUUGGAAGCCAGGCCCUGAGUUCCCAACACUGGCCCUGGCCUCUGAGUCUGAACUGUGGCUGACCUGGGGAGAAAGGAUGAUAUGCUUGGCCAACAAGGAGGAAGGAGGUCCCAGGGGACCAGAGGACUGGUCUCAGCAUGGAGCCAGCAUUAUUGUCCCGUUUAUGAAGAGACUGCGAAUACUGCACUGACCCAUAUCCGUGUACACGUGUGGGUUCAGCCCUGGGCCAGGGCCCUGAACCCUGGCCUGAAUGACACAGAUUUGCAGGGCCAUGCAGUGCCAGGACUUGAUGCCUUAACUCACGAACCUGUGUGUGUGUAUGAGAGAGAGAGGAGAGAGAGAGAGAGGGAGAGAGUGAGAGCAAGCAAGAGAGAGAGAAAGAGAGAGACUAUGUAUCCCUGAGUCAAUGGAAUGAACACAACAUCCCUGAGGUUCUAUAAGCCUGGGGGGGGGGUGGGGGAGGGAAGGGGCAGGGAGCAAAUUUGAGACUGUGCUUGUUGAGCCUGCCCCCUUCCCAGAUGGAGUCCCUGAGACUCUGGUAGGAAAUCAGAAGCCCUUUCAAGAUUCCUCAGCCACCUGCAGACAUGGCAAGGGUGUGGCCUAAAAGGGAGAGCAGAUCUUAUUCUGGUGGCAGUGUGCUGCAGCACAGCACAUGAGCUGCACGCACACACUGACGCCUCCUAAUACACACACAGGGAAGGUCUUUCAUCUCAGCCAUUUUCCCUUGCUAAGUAGAACAACCUUGGCCAGAGUGAGAUCUUCCUGACUUUGUAGCUGGGUCUUGAGGAGGAGUGGCUUGCCAGAGAGGAGUGGUGGGAAACAGGGUGGGGCUCAGCUUCCCUCAACAGCUCUGACAGCAAAACCAGCUCCCUACCCCCUGGAGUCUCUUUAACCACUCCCCACCCCCUUUAUUUUCUCAGGGUGGUGAGUGCCUGAUGAAAGCUUUGGGGUGCCUAUUUUGAAUGCCAGUUUUACCACUCAUCCACAAGCUGUGUGAACUUGAGCAUGCUGCUUAACCUCUCUGAGCCUUGGUUUCUUUAUCUGUAAAAUGGUGAUAAUAAUGCCUACCUCCUAGGUGGUUGUGAGAAUUGUAAGCACAGAUGUAUGUAAAGUGCCUGGCAUAAAGUAGGUGCUCAAUAAAAGGUAGCUAUUAAAUCAUAA